UUUCCUCUCUUUUUUGAUUUUGAUAUUUGUAACUACAUAAACCAUACAUCAUACAAGUACAGCACCUCCUGUCCUACAAGCUGCUGAACAAGUGCUAAAAAUAGCUUAGCCUCUGAGUAAAGGCUUGAGCAGCACCGAUGGCCGAAUCAACUCGCAUCCCAUCUCCCUCAUCGUCCGGCGGAACUUCCGGUGAAAGAACGAAAAAGAGCCGGUGGCCCUUUGCUUGUCUCGUAUCAGUUCUACCAGUUGUUGUAGGAGUUUUAGUCUACCAACUCGACUCCUUCGACCCUGCUCCUUACCCAGCCCACGAGUUGACUCAGAAGAAACCCCUCAUAGUGCCUAAGAGCAACCCUCACAUGCUUAAAGGAGCAGAGAAUAUUGGGGUCGGAAAACUGCUAGGGCCUGAAGACAUAGCUUACGAUCCGAAGUCCGGAGUUAUCUACACUGGUUGUGAGGAUGGAUGGAUAAAACGAGUCACGGUGAACGAUUCAGCAGCCGACUCGGUCGUGGCGGACUGGAUAAACACUGGCGGCCGGCCUCUUGGAGUUGUUUGUGGGCACCAUGGAGAAGUCAUCGUGGCUGAUGCGGACAAGGGACUAUUGAACGCGACGGCUGACGGAGUAAUUCAGCUGCUAACGGAUGAGGCCGAGGGUGUAAAGUUCAGACUAACGGACGGAGUAGAUGUUGCAGAGGAUGGCAUUGUCUAUUUUACGGAUGCUUCGUACAAGUACAGCUACUGGGAGUUUGCUUGGGACUAUUUUGAGGGCAGACCUUUUGGAAGAUUAUUGAGUUAUGAUCCUUCAACUAAGGAGACUAAAGUCCUCGUCCGGGAUCUGUACUUUGCUAAUGGGGUUGCUGUCUCUCCAGAUCAGAAAUUCGUCAUUUUCUGUGAAUCCCCCAUGGCAAGGUGCAAGAAAUAUUAUAUCAAUGGUGAAAGAAAAGGAUCAGUGGACAUAUUUGUGGAAAAUUUGCCUGGAAUGCCUGACAAUAUUCGAUAUGAUGGACAAGGGCAUUACUGGAUUGCAUUACCCACGGAAAUCACGUAUGCAUGGGAUCUGGCACAGAGAUAUCCCUUCAUCCGAAAGAUCAUGGCCAUUAUGGAUCGGCACGUAGGGCGACCACAUGUGGAGAAAAAUGGAGGGGGUUUGGCAGUUGAUUUGGAUGGAAAACCUGCAGCCCAUUACUAUGAACGUGGUUUAUCACUCAUUACUGGGGUUAAUAAGAUUGGAGAUCAUAUAUACCUUGGUUCGAUUGAUAAACCCUACAUCAUCCGUCUCAACAUCAAGCAAUAUCCUGCAGUCAGUGAUACUGAAUAUAUGAGAAGCCUCAUCCUGGAUUCUACUGAUGAAACACUUUAGCUGCCUUACCCGUACGUGAAUAAGGCUACCCCUUCACGAGAAGUUCCGUCAUAGAUCGGGUUGCGCCGUGAGACAAAUAUGUGGAUCAUUGACUCUAAUAACCAGUCUCUAACAUUUGUCUCACAUUGGAGAAUGGGGCAGGCACAAUUGACCUAAGAUACAAUUGAUGCAGUUGUUAUAUUCUUUUCAUGAUUUGGUAUAAUUUUAUUGUAUUUUAUAAUUUGAUGUACACUUAUAAAAUUUUGUUGUAUUUUAUAAUUUGGUGUAAACUC